ACGGUACGCAUGUCAGUAACCGGUACCGGCGAUGUUACCGGAGGCGGUAGCGACGUUUUCUACAAGACCGGUAGCACUCUGGAGAUCGUGUGCAAAGUUGUGCACGCCGGUAGCAACAACGGAUCCAAAGUGUCGUGGUACAGAGGACGACAAACGAUUUCAACCGGAAUCACCGAGAGCACCAGCAACGAUUCUAGUUACACCACAAUCGUGUCCACUCUGAAAAUCAAUCAUGUACAGAAAACGCAUUCGGGAAACUACACGUGCUUGGUUGGAUCACCGUCAGCGUCAGCGGCCGUCACAAUCCACAUACUUAACGGUGAGCAACUUUAUACUUAA